UGCUGGAAACUCUUUGUCAUCAACUGAACCAGUACAUAAGAGUGGUCUGUCAUGCGGUAUCCAAUAAGGUCGAGUCAAAAUUUGAAAGUGUGUGCCAUCCUAGUGAAGAGGGAGAGUUGUCCAAUCAGAUGAGCCGUGUAGCGAUGCUAUUCACAGAAAUUGUCAGAGUGGCUCAUUUGAUAGAAAAAGCAUUAAAGUCUUCACUGAAUGAUGUCACUUUUGAAAACGAGGAUUUAAGUAGUCGUGUAAGUCAGUGCGAGUACUCGGAGCGACGUCUUCAGGCCGAGCUUCAGGUGACACAGACAGAGCUAGAGAAGAGUAACAAAAUGGUUGACCAGCUUAAUGGUAAACUACGGGAGUUGAGUGACAAGUUUGAGUCGAUGCUCGACCAGGAAGGUGAAAUGAAGCUUGUUCAGGAAGAGAUAGGCAGACUUAGGGGGAAGAAUCAAGGUUUGAAAGCGGAGAACGAGCUUUUGAAUGAACAAAUUACAGAACUGCUGGAGAAACUGGAGACAGCCGCUACUCCAGGUAGUGAUGGGAGAUCUGCUGUAGAUGUGGAGUCACAAAGACAAGUUAUAGCACUCAAAAAGAAGGUGGAGAAAUAUCGAGCAUUGCUGAAUGAAAAAGAUACUAUGGUGGAGCAGAUGAGCGCUAAAGCUGUAAAACGAAUACAAAAACUAGAAAGUAACUGGAAAAAAGCUGAUGCUGAAGUUUGUAAAUUUGAUGAGUUGGUGGACACAGUACGCUCUGUUUUAGUUGAUAACAAAACUGUACAAGGGGAUGACCAGUUACUUAAGUUGAUUGACCUGAUAGAUGGGAAUGAGCAAGUGGCAGCAUUUGAUACUGAGAGAAGACGGGCCAGUCUUAAACCGGUUAAAACUGCAUGAUCGUGAACUUAAACCGGUUAAAACUGCAUGAUUGUGGAAUAUAUUUUUUUCACAUUUUGUGAUGUGCAUGUGUGUGUUCAAAACAUGUUUUUUAUGUGUUUAGUGCUAUAUUCGAUGUGUUUGGUUCUGAAAUGAAAUAUAAACAGAAUCUUAAACAUCUAACCAAAAGGCAUGAUGCGAAAUAGAGACAACUGAAAAACAUUGUAGUUAAAAAUGAAAUACUUAUAUUGACUUAUUCAUAUGUUAUAUGAUUGACUAAAUGUGUUCAAAUUGUAACUUAGAUUGUUAAUUGCCAUGGCAACAUGACAUCUAUUGUUUUAAUUUGUUUUAU